GGCUUAAUUUAUAGGUUAUAAAGUUUACAAAACAAAUAUUUAUUUUUAAUUAUUACUUACAAUUAUGUAAAUAUAAUUCAAAUAUAAACAAUGUCAGCUUGUAUGAUGUGUAUAUAGUAUAGAUAAUAAGUAGAUAUUCAAAGGUUUGUGUUUACAUUUUUUCUACCCCCAAAUAUAUAAUUUUGUCAUUAUGGACUUUGCAAAGAAUCAACUUUUGAAAUAUGGAUGGAAAGAGGGUGAAGGUCUUGGUAAAAACAAUGAUGGUAUAUCGUCAGCUCUGAAACCAAGUUUGAAAUUCGAUAAAUGUGGAAUCGGUCAUGAUCCUGCAAAAGAAUUUACAGACCAUUGGUGGGAAGAGGGAUAUAACAAUGCUGUCAACAAUAUUAAUGUUUCAAAUUCAGAAGGAGACGUGAAAGUCUCUGCCGAAAAAUGUUUAGAAGAAGUAAAAAAGACUAGUAGAAAAGCUAAAUACGAAUCAUUCUUAAAAACAUCUACCUUAACCAGUCAAGGCUACGAAGAACAAACUGACACAAAACAAGAGUCCAUUACCAAACCAAUUAAACACGUAGCACUUACUGAUGAAGAAUUACUAAAAGCUUGCGGAAAACGAACUGCUCAUAAAGGAGCAAGACAUGGAUUAAAUUUGACUGGCAAAUUAGCGAGAAUUAAAGCUCAGGAAGAAGAAUUGUUGAUGUUGUUUAAGAAUAAAAAUAAAUCUUUAGAAACCAAUAGUGAUUCGUUAUCCAAAGUAUCAAAGAAGAAGAAACGUAAACAUAAAUCAAAAGAGUAA